AUGUCGUUCAGAGGUGGUUCCAGAGGCGGUCGCGGUACCGGUGCGAAUUCAUUCGGAGGUGGAAGCAGAGGAGGCGGCGGCUUUGGGGCUCGUGGUGGCGGUCGCGGUGGUUUCUCUAGGGAUAUGGGGCCUCCAGCCUCAGUCUUGGAGUUGGGAUCUUUCCUGCACGCAUGCGAGGGCGAAAUGGUCUGCGAAUCUACCAACACGAAAAUUCCAUACUUCAACGCACCCAUCUACCUCGAGAAUAAGACCUCGAUUGGCAAAGUUGAUGAGAUUCUUGGCCCAAUCAACCAGGUUUACUUCACCAUAAAGCCGACGGAGGGAAUUCAGGCCGGUUCUUUCAAAUCAGGCGACAAAUUCUUCAUCGGCGGCGAUAAGCUCCUGCCCCUUGAGAAGUUCCUGCCAAAGCCAAAGCCAGCACCUGGCGCACCAAAGCCAAAGCGCGCUGGCGGUGCCAGAGGUGGACGAGGUGGCCCAAUCCGUGGUGGACGUGGUGGUGGCUUCUCGCGAGGCGCACCGAGGGGGAGAGGUGGAUUCAGUGCUGGAGGCCGCGGUGGCUCCGGAUUCUCUCGCGGUGGCAGUGGUGGCUUCUCGAGGGGUGCUCCGAGAGGACGUGGUGGGUUCAGCAGAGGAAGAGGUUAG